AUGUAUGGAUUUUUCGACCAAUGGGGCACAAGAUUUAAUGUGGCCCGUUACGGACUACGGAUCUUGCGUCGUUUAGUGUGUUAUCCGGGACCCGAUGUCCAUCCUCGUUUCAUGCUAACUCUGUGGACAGCACCCUUUGCUUGUGCGAGCUUCAAUGGACGGUUUCAUGGAUGUUGUAUAGUCUUUGAUCUCACACGCAAUGUGAUCACCUUGCCUGUCGUUCUGCUACUGGCUUCCCACUUCUCAUCUCAGCUAUUGCCAUGUUCGACUACCGCUGCAGAGUCGAAUCCAUUGUUGAGAUACAAUUGGUGCGAAUGGUCCGAGUGGAGCCGCUGCGCGCCAGUUAACUGCCGUAGUCGAUUCACUUUCGCGGAAUCUUGGUACGAUGAAGAGGGAGUGGGCGGAGAUGAUCCGCAGCAAUCAGAGGCUGAGGAAGAUGAUCCAGCCGCAUACUGUGUUGUCGAGCCAACGGAGAGGUCGAGAAAAGUUAUACGGACUGCUGUGGUCCAAUCUGUGCGUUCCGGAAUCAAACGAGAACGAACACCGAUGAAACGUAGACAUCGGUUCUGCAAAUGCAAGUCGAUAUCCAUUUUGGGGCUCCUCGGACCCUUGGGGCGAGAUAAAUGCAUACGUGACACCCAGGAAAUCUACUGUGCCCAGUGUGUUUUCGACGAAACAAUCUACCCGACCCAGGAUCCCAACAAGGAUGUUCGUCCACUUUCCGUCUGCGAUCCACUGGCUGAUGGUCCGGUCCAACUCUACAAAAUAGUCGGUGGUGUUGCCGGAGGUGUGGUACUCAUCCUAUUCAUGUGUUGGCUUAUUCGAAUUAUGAUCAAGACAUUCUCUCGAUCCUCACGUGUCUCUGAGCGCAGACAAUCAGACUACGGUCCAGACGGACGUAGAUUCCGAUCUCGAGCCGGGCAGGCUUCACACCGAGGAGAUGCACCGUCUGACAGACAGCUGGAAGUUGCGAUCGUAGAUCCGGUGGACGGAGGUGACCGACCUGGCACCCAUGACGAAUUGCCUCCGGCUUACAAAGAUGUUGUGAACAUACUACCUAGUAUUCAGUUUGCUGGUCAAAAACCGGCCUCCGAGGCCAGUCAAGAUGACGCCAACCUCACACAAUUUUUCCGUGGUCUUCACAAACCUACGUCCCGCCGCUCCAACCGACCAGCCCGUCCCCUCAGUCUGGAUGGGGAACAGGUGGCUUCCUCAAGCCAAACAUUAGAUCCCGGGUCGGAUCAAACACCACCACCCCCAAGCUACGAGGAUGUUAUAUGUACUGGCCAAGAAAGGGAUGGAUCGCCUUUAGUAGAUGCAGCUGUUCCAUCUUGUGGCACGAGGACUGAUAGCGGAUGCAGAGGGGCAACGGAUGUCAGAACACGUGAAGGGCCCCUUCGAGAAACAGCUUCCUCCGAUGGUAGUGGAGGCGUUGGCGGUGCCAGUUACUCUACCGGAGAAACCGAUGUCCGGCUAUAUCUCCCAGACUCUCUACGGGUCACAGCUAACCCUCCAACGAACCAUCAGGAACCAUCAGCGCCACCACUUUAAUGCAUUCAUCGAACGGUGAUCAGUCACUAUCCUCAUUCCACAUUCGAAUCUGAUUGGAUAGUCCUGUUUUAUCGAUUUUACACAUUGCUUGUUCGCCUUUGCAGGAACGCUCCGAAGAGCUGUCCUUAUGUGCUUUGCCUCUGUUUCCCUCUCCUACCCAUGUAUCGAACUUGUACGAUUAAUUUUUCAUCUUUGAUGUCACUGUAAUUAUAUUUUCCCGCCACAACAAAAUGAGACUAGGCCUACAGCUGUCUGACUUUUCUGGACGCAAAGAUGAACGUUGUAUGAUUGGAAAAUCUCUACUUUCGAUCCAUG